AAGAUCAUGGGGAAAAUCUUCACGUAUCAUAUAUUAAGUGUGAUGACACAAUACUGGAACAAUUAAACCAACUCGUCUUGGCCGGAGAAGUGUUGUUAUUCGUGAAUUUCUUUUCCUGUGUUUACCAUGAACUGAAUUCAUCUGCGAGUCUAACAUCGAAUUAAUCCACAAUGGGGGAUCAUCCCAAGAUUAUGGUGUUCCGCCCAACUUGGGAAGAAUUCAAGGACUUUUCCAAGUACAUUGAAUACAUAGAAUCACAAGGGGCUAACAAAGCUGGAUUGGCAAAGAUCAUACCCCCGAAAGAGUGGUGUCCUCGUAAAGAGGGCUAUGACCUGGAAAAACUGGAUAUGACGAUCCCAGCCCCCAUCUGCCAGGUUGUAACGGGGAAGCAAGGUCUCUACCAGCAGAUAAAUAUCCAGAAAAAAGCCAUGACAGUGCAGGAAUUUUACAAGAUGGCCAAUAAUGACAGAUACCGAACACCAAAGCAUUCAUCAUAUGAGGACCUGGAGCGAAAGUAUUGGAAGAACAUUACCUAUGUGUCUCCAAUUUAUGGAGCUGAUGUGUCUGGUAGCAUAACUGAUCCAGAUGUAAAGGAGUGGAACAUCAACAACCUUGGAACAAUAUUGGAUUAUGUCAAUGAAGAUUAUGGCAUUAGCAUAGAAGGUGUCAACACUGCAUACCUAUAUUUUGGAAUGUGGAAAACCACUUUUGCUUGGCAUACUGAAGACAUGGACUUAUACAGCAUAAACUACUUGCAUUUUGGAGCCCCCAAGACUUGGUAUGCCAUACCUCCAGAGCAUGGAAGAAGAUUGGAAAGGCUGGCUAAUGGCUUCUUCCCCAACUCAUUCAAGGCUUGCCCAGCCUAUCUGCGGCACAAAAUGUCCUUGAUGUCUCCACAGAUACUGAAGCAGUAUUCAAUACCAUUUAAUAAGAUCACACAGGAUGAGGGAGAAAUCAUGAUCACCUUCCCAUAUGGUUACCAUGCAGGAUUUAACCAUGGCUUCAAUUGUGCCGAGUCCACCAAUUUUGCAAUGCCUCGUUGGGUGGAAUACGGUAAACGUGCCACUCAGUGUCAGUGCAGAGGAGACAUGGUUAAGAUUUCCAUGGACACAUUUGUGAAGCGUUUCCAGCCCGAGCGUUAUGAACUUUGGUUGGCAGGCAAGGACAUUGGGCCUCAUCCAGAGGACCCAACCCGCUCCACUGCCGCUGCACAACCUUCCAUUAAUGAUGUUCUGUGCAACAAGAAGAACGUCACACCUUCACCCCUGAUUGAACAGCUGCUCAAUCAGUCACCGAAGAAAAAGAAACCCAAACGACAUCCUAUCCACCAGAACAAGAAUGAGGAGGAGCUGAUCUUCACUGGAGAGGAGGUGGUGGACGAGGAGCUGUCCCAGGUUCUUGAUGACAUCUAUGCCAAAGCUGGGGAAUCCUGCUGGACAAGUGAGUGUGCCAUCAAGUGUCGUGAUCAUCUUCACGAACCAGUGUGAGGUGAUUUAGAGAGUAUGGGGACAGGGAGGCGAUCAACAUGGGAAGUUUGUGUUUUCAUUGACAGUGCAUUGCUUUAGACGACAAAAUUUAAUUUUAUGCACUUCCUAUUUUUCUUUUAAUUUCAUAAUUUUAAUAUUUAUAGGAAUGCCUUAGCUUGAAUGUUUAAAGUAUACUGAUACAUGUAAACCCAAAACAGAUUUGCAUAUUUUUAUAUUUCUUUAUAUUUUGGUAUGUAAACCUGCUUGUAUACUUGAUAGGUAUAUGACAAAGAUAUGCAUUCCUAAACAAUAUUAAAAUAAGCAAAAAAUUAUUUAUUGUUCAUAAAAAAUAAAACUACUUACUCAUCAGCUUGAAGAAGAAGAAAACAAAGAAGAAGAAGAAAAAGAAGAAGAAGAAAAGAUAGUAUAUAUUAAAAUUGCCUCCCCUCACCCUGCCAUGCUCAUCUGCCCAAAUGUAGAAUGGACAAGAGUCCUUCAUCUUUAAUGGAAAGCUUUCCAUUUUGUUUAGUUAUCACUGGAUAAGCUAAAAAAAAAAAAAAAAAAAAAAAAAAAAACCUCUGCAUGUUUUUUCAAGUUUCAUUCUUAACAUCUUAGUGUAAGAUCUUCAAGUCUUUGACUAUCGUUCAUUGCGGUCAUGAGUUGGAAUUGACUAUGUAAUAGCAAUAAACUAGUUUCAUAGUAUAUCAGGUAAUAGGAAUAUUUACACAAAUUUAAAUGUAAUUAAAACACACACACACACAUAUGCACGCAGAUAUACACACACAUAUGCACGCAGAUAUACACACACAUAUGCAUGCAGAUAUACACACACAUAUGCACGCAGAUAUACACACA